AUGUUUACAUCUCGACCUACAACAGCCAACACGAUGAAAAUCAACCUUGUGUCUGAACAUGGAACCACUAGCGAUCAGACAUUCUAUUGUCCUGGAUCAGUUAUUCAAGGCUCCGUAAGUCUUUCAUUUUCGAAAAAGGUCGAUCCAACCCGUGUUAGAUUGGUCUUUGAGGCCUCUGAAGGCAUCAAUUUAUCUACAGCCACUCCUGGUGCAGUAUCCAACCGACUCAACAAUCUAUUCCGCGUACAGAGCACCUUAUGGGAGAAGAAUGAAUCCGACCAAUUGACGGAAUCCGAUUACACAUUUCCAUUCAACAUUCAAUUGCCAAUGGUUCAGUUCCCCCCGUCAAUGGACGAAAUCACCUAUCGAUGUGUAUAUCGCCUCACAGCCUACCUUGACCUCUCAAAAAGCCGACAGGGAAUAAUCACCUUGGCCCAAAAGAAAAUUAACUUUGUGCCGUUUAUCGAAACUGCUAUAUUGAAGAGUCCCCUGACGGAAGAAAUCACUCGCAAUGGAAUUAGAAUGGUUACAAAACUCACUUCUUUAAACUAUGUUUCGGGUGAUAAAAUACCCAUCUCAUUACGUUUCAGCACAGCCAAAAACAAGCCGGUCUCAUUAUCCAUAAAACUCUCCCAAAUCAUUAACUUUAUCACCGACGAAGAGUAUCCGCUCGAGAAGACGACUAUGGUUUCAAGCAGUCGUGUUCUGGCGGCUGGCACUACAUACCAUGAGACCUGUCUGGAAAUUCCGAGCGACACUUCGCCAACCUUUGAUUAUGGUCGUAUGAUAUCCGUAUCCUAUAUUCUGAAGAUAACUAUGGGACACAAAUAUUGCGCUGGUCUGUUACAGUCAUCAGAGGUCUCAGUCGAGCUACCAAUUCACAUCGGUACUCUGGGAUGUGGUAUCCGCCCACCGGAUGAUCUCAAGAUGUACACCAUAUUCUUAAAAAGUUCAAGUGCACGCAGCUCUGAUUCUACAUCUGACUUUGGCUUAGAACCCAUUCCACCACCAAGAUUCCUCAAGUUAGUCGAAUAUGAAAACGCAUUACCAGUCUACACACCAGAACGUCUUCCUGACUACAGUUCCGUUCGAAGUGGUGUUCAUGUCUAA